AUGGGAAAUCGGAUCGUGUCCGUCCUGCAGGGACGCCGAGAGGCCGGGACCUUGGACAUGCCGUUCCCCUCCGACAUCACAAACGCGGUUCGACCCAAGACGAUUGAAAAUGGUCUGCACUGGCUGCGAAAGCAAUAUCCAAUGGAUGAGGACGCGGCGAUUAUGACUCGGAUUGAGCGCGAGGAGCGGGAAGAAGAAGAGAGGCUGUACAGGCAUGUCAAAGAGCAGGGUCUACAUCAACCUCAGAGUGGGCAUUGGGGUGCGCGCCUUGGCGAGGGGAAGGAUGUUCGCGGCGAAAGUGUGUUUCAGAAAAUUCGCGAGAAGAAUGAGGCGAGAAUACUUGAGGAAGACGAGAAAGAGCGCAAAGAGUGGUUGGAAGGCGAAGCAGCUGAGCAGGCGAAGUUGCAGAAGCAUCUGAAAAAGAACACACAGCUGCAGAAAUACAACGAGGCUGCAGUUGUCGAAGGCAAGUUUUAA